ACUUCUGUGAAAACAUUGCAAUUGAUUUUUUAGAUUUUUUCAGAGCUGCAUGAAUAAGUGCAUUGCAGUUUUGGAGCUGGGAUUGAGAUGGCCUCUAGCAGUCAAAUCGACCUCUAUAACUCAAGUUGCAUAUAGGUCAAGACAACAUCAGCAGUUUAACCAUAACUUUCUCAAAACUGGAAAAUCUGCAUUUGAUAGCCGGUUGACCGAUAUAAAUGAGUCAAAUAUAGACUUUCUCCGUAAAGAGUAUGAAUUGUUUACGCAGAAUAACUCAAAAGUCCUGCGUGAAUCAUUGCAAACUGAGCGAAAAGAGCAUUCUUGGAAUGAAAUCCGUUGCGGAGCUGUCGGUAUAAAAUUGGGAAGCUACCCGAUGUUUUACAAAGACGGCAGUCGAACUCUAGCUACAUUAGUACAACUGCUUGACACUGAAGUUGUAGAUGUAACGCCUACAGAUUUGAAAUCAGUCUUCUUCUACCAUCGAAAAAAGUUGGCCUCCGAUCAGAAUUAUUUCACAGUUACUGUUGGAUGCCGAAAUAUUUCACCCGAAUGGUUGUCCGAAAAUCAGAUGCGAGUUUUCAGAAAACAUGGAAUCACAUGUAAAGAAAAACUGACAGGUUUUAUAUGCACAGAAAAUUCGGUUUUGCAACCUGGCACGGUUAUAAAAGCAGAUCAUUUUGUACCUGGUCAGUUAAUAAAUAUUUGGGGACGUUCACUUGACCGAGGGUUCCAAGGGCCGAUGAAGCGAUGGAACUUCAGAGGAAUGCCGGCAACUCACGGAACAACCAAAUCACAUCGUGCUCAUGGUGCUUUAGCAUCGACAGGACAAGCUAGGGUGCUACCGGGACGCAGAAUGGCGGGUCAAAUGGGCGAUAAACUUAUUUUCAAACCUUCCACUAAGAUUUUAAGAAUCAACACGAAAUAUAAUGUUUUGUUUGUGCAGGGUUUGUUGCCGGGAUUAGAUGGAAAUUUCCUCUCUCUGAGAGACUCGAAGUAUGGAAAAUUGUUUGCUAAAACGGGCGUGACGUCACUUCCGUUUCCGACUAGUUUCAGCUCUGACAGCAAAGAAGAAAUUGAAGAUUUUUACGCAGAUGAUAUUUGGAAUUUUGCAGAUGGUGCAAUAAAAUACGAAACUAAAGACUAAAACAUAAAACUGAUCAAAUGUCUUCAAAUGUCUUUAAAACUGAGUGAAAAUAAGAAUUCCUUCCAGUCAUUUA